AUGGCAAGAUAUAACUCUAUGCGUGAGCUUGCCAGAAGGCUAUUUGGAGACAUUGUGUCUGAAGAAGAGUUCAAUUCAGUCUAUACAAGAGAAGGAGUCUUUAUUGAAGAGAUUCCUUUUGCGGCUCAAACUUUAGUUUGGAGAGCAAGAACUCAGUUUAAUAAAAAGAACGAUGAUAGAUUUCAUUUAUCACUAAAUUUAGAUCGCGUACACGCGAUUGAAACAGUUGAAGACAUCACAAAAGAAGAAAUGGAAACAAUUAUUAAACCUGCCUUUGCAAAUGCAUAUCUACACAAAGUGGGAAUAACUCCAACAGAACAGGCAAUACGUGCUGUUAGCAAAAUGUUUAAUAUUACAGAAAAAAACAUUGUAAUUCACACUCGAAAUAAAGGAUACGAUAAAGAAGAGAUCAUAAUCAAAGAUAAGCCAGAUGAAUACUUUAGUGCAAUUACUAAUAGCAUCAAACUUGCCAAAAACGAUAAAAAAUGCGCGACUAUUCGAAGAAAUAUUAUUGAUGGUUGGAAAUUGCUUGACAACAUAUUUCCUCGCGAGUUUCAUGCCCAAAAGCCUAAAGUAUACGAACCAGAACCAAAAUUUGUUUCUUUACAAAUAAUUGAAAAAGCUGCCAAAGUUGAAGAAAAGAUGCCUUCAACUUUAGUAAAAACGCAUAAGCCAAGUAAAAUACCUAAUCCUUUUGGAAAACCUUGGGAAUUUUUCCUUUCCAAAGAAAAAAUUGAUCAAAUUACAAUAGAUUUCUGCGAUAGAUUUGAUUUUAAGAAGAAUUUUAAGUUUCAUCCAUUAAAAAUAGAAGAUAUUAGGCAAGCAUUGACUAUUGGAAUAGUUCCAAGACUUCUAUUUCAUGUUGCUAAAUACAUUCAUUCAAUUUUUGUUUUAAACAUGGAAGAUAUCAGUCAGUAUAUAAGAAUUAGAGCUCUUUGGAUAAUAUGUCAAGCAAGAUUUCCACCAGGAGAUUCAGGAAUAAUUUUAUCAAUGGUAUUAGUUAUGUAUAAGGUAUGUUGUUCAAUACUUUUCAUUACAUGUUCACCUAAGUAUUGCAUUACUAAUGAAAAAGAUCUUACAGCAACUGUUUUUCAUUUUAUUGAUAAAAUGUUGAAUCCUUUUCAAAUAUUUGAUUCAAUGAAUGAUGAUGAACGAUCAACAAAGGCGAAAUUACCACUCAGAGCUCCUAAAAGAAGAUCGCAAAUUGAUAUUGCAGAAUUAGUGGAGAAAUAUGAUCUCCUUGAUGACGAUGAGACGAUUGCUAGAGCUAUGUUAAGCAAAAAUGCUCCAGAAAUUUUACUUAAGAUACUCUCAAACGAAGCUUGGGGAGAUUAUGAUUUUGAUGGCUCAGAAGAAGACCAAGAUGAUGAUAUCCAGGAAAUUCCAAUUCAAAGCAUCAUCAGGCGCGAUAUCAAAGACUUGAAUUGGAAAAAUCCAAACAAAGUGGCAGAGUGGAUGAAAGUCGAUGCAAGUAAACUAAAUUUGGAAAACUUCUAUCGUUCUCAAUCAUCAAAUAGAUUAACAAAAACUCCUGCAAAGAAGAAUGUAAGGAAACGAAGUGCAACAACAAAAAUUAAACCCGGAGUAUCACACCCUUCAGAACUCCGUCUUAAACCUUUAGAUUACGCUUCACCAUUAUUUAGGACACCUAAAUAG